CAGAAUGAGAACAUGAACUCUGCCAGCUUCAUGCCUAUGAUUUGUGCAACAUGGCAUCACUUACAAUAGCAGGAUGCUGGUCACCUGGAGGAGAGGACAACUGCUCUACCAGAUGAAUUGGAGCCCCUUGGAACAAAGAAACCUGGGACAAUGAUCAGAGAUGAGGGUUAAGGAGAUAUUAACUUGGCAAGGGGCCAACAACGGUGAGGAGAUAUGUGAAUGCCAUCUGAACACCAGUAUGGAUACUACUGACAACACCACUGAGGGCAUUAACAGUACUUUCAUGCCAUCCACUGGACCUCACAGUGAGGGGCAGUAUUCUAUGACUGCUAUCUGGAGCUUGGUAGGAAUUGUCGGGUUCCUCAUUAUCUUUACCAUUGUUGGGAAUGUCUUUGUGGUCAUUGCUGUGUUGACUAGCAGGGCUCUUAAAGCUCCCCAAAAUCUCUUCUUGGUGUCCUUAGCUGUGGCUGACAUCCUGGUGGCUGCCCUGGUAAUGCCAUUCUCUUUGGCUAAUGAACUGAUGGGAUACUGGUACUUUGGAAAUGUAUGGUGUGAUAUCUACCUAGCUUUAGAUGUGCUCUUCUGUACCUCCUCUAUAGUUCACCUAUGUGCUAUAAGCCUGGACAGGUACUGGUCUGUCACCCAGGCUGUUGAAUACAACCUAAAAAGAACCCCCAGGAGGAUUAAAGGUAUCAUCGUUACUGUCUGGUUGAUAUCUGCUGUCAUCUCAUUUCCACCUUUGAUUUCAAUGGAUAGAGUUGGAGGGGAAGCUAUGAGAAAUUUCAAUUCCACAGAUAGGGCUGUGAAGUGUGAACUGAAUGAUGAGACUUGGUACAUUCUCUCUUCGUCUAUAGGAUCUUUCUUUGCCCCCUGUGUGAUAAUGAUCUUAGUUUACAUUCGCAUCUAUCAGGUGGCCAAGCUGAGGACCAGGACUUUGUCAGAAAAGAAGACAAACACCGACUGCUCCUCUCACACAGAGAAUGGCUUUAGCAAGGGAACAUCUGUGAAAUUUCCUAUAGAAAAGGAAAAUGGACAUUACCCUUCUAGACCCAUGCCACCAAGACCUACAGAUAUAGAUGAGCUGGAUGUUGAGGAGAGCAGCCUGUCUGAGAGCAAGAGGAGAAAGAGCAGCAGUAGAGAGGACAACACUGACUCUGGCAAGGACAAGAGAAGCUUCUCCAAGCAGUCCAGCCACCUGUCUAGGUCCAGCAACAAAUCUAUGGACAUGUUCUCCUCAAGGAAAAAAAAGAGAAGCAGCAUCUCCAGGAGAAAACUCACCCAAGCCAGAGAGAAAAGGUUCACCUUUGUCUUAGCUGUGGUCAUGGGGGUCUUUGUUGUAUGCUGGUUCCCUUUCUUCUUCAGCUAUAGCCUCUAUGGCAUCUGCAGGGAAGCCUGUGCCAUUCCAGAAACUUUAUUUAAGUUUUUCUUUUGGAUAGGUUACUGUAACAGUUCACUGAAUCCUGUCAUCUACACCAUAUUCAACCAGGAUUUCAGACGUUCCUUUAAGAAAAUUAUCUGUCUGAGCAAGAGGAAGAAAUUCAAUCACUGAGAUGGGAGCAGCACUGACAUUGCAAAUUGCCUUAGGGUGCUAAGAGCACACCAUAGGGAAGGAGCCAUUGGAGUAGACACUUCUGAUUAUCAAGGACCACAGUGAUGUGACAAUGUGAAUGUACAGGCAGGAGGAUGUCAUGGUCUUGUGACACCAUGCUGCCACUGAUGAUGAUAAAUAUAUAUGUAUGUCUCAUACUCCAACCUGAAUAUAUUUUCUACCUUACAAACAAGGGCAGACACGCAGACUCUUCUGUAUCAUAGGCUUUCCACCAUUGUCCCUCUUUUUUUUUUAAAGACACCUUAUAUGCUACA